CUUGUUUGCUCCGACCGCCCUGGUCUUACAUCUGUCAUCCUCCCGAUCGCGCCUCAAAUACCGCCUCCCCCUCGCUCCUCAAUCUCUUCUGCAACUCGUCAACCUCCUUCACAUCAUCCUUGACCGCUGAGAUCUUUGUCUCUUGCAUCUCAAGCCCCUUCAGACAACCAAUUCCUCCAUGGCGGACUCGGUGACGGACGCCCACCAGGGCGCCGGUGGUGAUGCUCCCACCAGGAGUGAUUCCAUCGACGAAUUUAAUGUCUUUGACGAUGCCAAAACAUACUACACCGACUCGCGACAUAAGAUCAACAGGGCCACUGCCCGGACUCGCACCUUCUCUCAGAAUAGUCUCCUGCAGCAGAUGGAGAGACUGGGCUUGAAGGAGCCUUUCCGGCGAGGUAGUCAUGACGAGAGUACUCUCCAGACGAGCCGACGGUUCCUGAUCCAGGUCGACCCAACCCUCGAGAGCCUCCAGUCGCAGGAGGAUACAGAUGGCAACAUGCAGAUCACCAUUGAGGACAACGGGCCCAAGGUGCUGUCUCUACGGACGGCCGCGUCCGAUGGCCACCACAGGUUCGAUAUCCGGGGGACCUACAUGCUGUCCAAUUUGCUACAGGAGCUUUCCCUAGCCAAGGAGUACGGCCGCAAGCAGAUCAUCCUCGACGAGGCCCGCCUCAACGAGAACCCCGUCAACAGACUGUCCCGCCUGAUUCGCGACCAUUUCUGGGAGGGUCUGACCCGCCGGAUCGACGCCUCGACCAUCGAAGUCUGUGCCAAAGAUCCUAAGGACUGGACGGACGAUCCGCGACCGCGCAUCUAUGUCCCGUGGGGUGAGCCCGAGCAAUUUGACUUCUACACCAAGAUCGCCAAGGAGCGCCCGGAACUCAGGCUGGAUGUCUGUCGGCUGCCCGAGUCUGACAAGAUCACCCCCGAGCUCAUCCGAGAUAUGAACGAUGCCCCUGGUCUCCUGGCCAUCGAAAUGGAGAAGAUCAUCGACCCAAAGACGGGCGAGGAGACCUUGCGUGGUCUGCCUUUUGUCGUACCUGGCGGCCGCUUCAACGAGUUCUACGGCUGGGACAGCUACAUGGAGUCCCUGGGCCUCCUGGUGGACAACAAGGUCCAUCUCGCCAAGUCCAUGGUCCUGAACUUCUGUUUCUGCAUCAAGCACUACGGCAAGAUUCUCAACGCCACGAGAUCUUACUACCUGGGCCGGUCACAGCCGCCCUUCCUCACAGACAUGGCCCUUCGUGUCUACGAGAAGAUCAAGCAUGAGCCCGGCGCUCUUGACUUCCUGCGGACAGCUAUCCUAGCUGCCAUCAAGGAGUACCACAGCGUCUGGGUGUCUGAGCCUCGACUGGACCCAGUGACGGGCCUGUCUCGAUACCGUCCUAUCGGUAUGGGCGUACCGCCGGAGACAGAGGCCACCCACUUCGUCCAUGUGCUCGAGCCGUACUGCAAGAAGUACAACAUGGAGUUCAAGGAGUUUGUCCGAGCAUAUAACCACCGCGAGGUCGACGAGCCAGAGCUGGAUGAGUACUUCAUGCACGACCGGGCUGUGCGUGAGUCGGGACACGACACGUCGUACCGCCUGGAGAGAAACUGCGGCAACAUGGCGACUAUUGAUCUCAACUCGCUGCUGUACAAGUACGAGACAGAUAUCGCACGUACCAUCCGCGGCAUCUUCGGUGACAAGCUGGCGAUCCCUGCUGAGUACUGUGUCGGACCACUCAAGCCAGGCCAGGUCGAGACGUCCGCCAUCUGGGACCGGCGUUCCAGGAGGCGCAAGCUGGCGAUCGACAAGUACCUCUGGAAUGAGGAAGAGGGCAUGUACUUUGACUACAACACCGCCACACGUGAGCAGUCCAACUACGAAUCCUGCACCACCUUCUGGGCUCUUUGGGCGGGUGUCGCCGCACCCAGGCAGGCAGCGGCCAUGGUCACCAAGGCCCUGCCCAAAUUUGAGGCGUACGGUGGUCUGCUGGCUGGCACGCUGAAGAGCCGCGGAGAGAUCAGUUUGCAGCGGCCCAACCGGCAAUGGGACUACCCGUACGGGUGGGCACCACAACAGAUCCUGGCGUGGACGGGUUUGUACCGCUAUAGCUUCACAGAGGAGGCGGAGCGGCUUGCGUACAAGUGGCUGUACAUGAUGACCAAGGCGUUUGUGGACUUCAACGGGGUGGUCGUCGAAAAGUACGAUGUAACCAGGCCAAUCGAUCCGCACAGGGUCGAUGCCGAAUACGGCAACCAGGGCCUGAACUUCAAGGGCGUUGCCAAGGAAGGUUUCGGCUGGGUCAAUGCCAGCUACGUCUAUGGCCUGCAGAUCGUCAACGCCCACAUGCGCCGCGCGCUGGGCACCCUGACGCCGUACGACACCUUUGUCAAGGCCCUCGACGAGAAUCGCGCCAAGGCACUGUCCGAAAUGGAUUAA